UCCCCCCAGCCCUGCUGAGCCCGGCCUGCGCCAGCCUCUGCCUGCAGGGGGCGCUGUCUGCCCUGCACCGCAGCCAAUCGCCUUCCUGCGCCCGCCUCUGCAGCGCCCUGAUUGGCUGCCUCAGCCAGGACAGCCCCGCCCACGACCAGAGCCCUCUGCUGACGUCACUGCAGGACCCCGCCCGGUCCCGCCUCCUGGAGGCGGCCAUGACGGUCCUGGACCCCCCGGGGCUCCGCGAGCUCUUCCGGGGUCACCUGCAGGGUCACCUGAGGGGCGUGGCCUCCCACCGAGUGGCCAAUCACGGCCUGCAGCGCCUCCUGGACCACGCCCCCGAGGAUGUGGUGAGGGAGGUGCUGUCGGAGCUGGGCCCCGCCCUGCAGGAGCCGCUGGCCCGGGGUCACGCCGGGGUGGUGCUGGCGCUGCUGGGGGCGGCGCUGCGGCACCCCCGGCUCCAGGGGGAGGUGCUGCAGAACCUCUUCCAGGCCCUGCGCUGUUGGGACCCGCCCCUCCACCCCCAUUGCGUCACCGCCCUGGCUCAGCUCCGCCCCCUGGAGGGUGGGGACAGCGAGGAGUGGGCGGAGCCUGAG